AUGGAUGCGAGCGCGGCGCGGAGCCCGUCGCACGGCGAUUUGUCGCUCCUGUCGCUUGCGCAGGGAGACGAGAGCGGAGAGGCACUCAGCGCCCCUGCGGCCAUCGCCGCCGUGUCGGAGAACCAGCGCGGGGCGCUGCAGCGGUGGGUGCUGUCCCUGGCGCUGGUCAACUUUGACCUGGACAUGGGGCCGGACGUCGAGUUUAUGUACCCCCCGCUGGGCAUCAGCAAGGAAGAGAAGGACAAUAUCGCAUUCUCUUCGUUUCCUGACACGGCCGUCUUUGGCGACGGCUCGCUCGUCUUUUCGUGGCGCGUGCGCGAAGUGCCGCUCGACGAGUCGCAGUGCACCCCCCCGCAGAUCCGCGACGUGACCGCGCCGGAGCGCCACGCAUCCUUGCGCCAGCGCUCGCGGCGCACAUCCAACCUCCUCGCGCGCCACGGCUCGCUGCGCUCCGCGGGGCGCGCCGCGCGCACCUUUCUCCAAAAGAGCCCCGAAGAGGCGGCGGCGCCCGAGAGUCACGCAAGCAGCAGGUCGACGAGCUACAUCUACGGCUACACCUUCUUCCGUCAGAAGCGCGACCCGGCGAUACGGCGCGGCUACUUUCAAAAGUCGCUCGUGAUCCUCACACAUCUUCCCUACGUCGCGCUCUUUGGCGAGCUCGUCGCGCGCCUCGGCCCCAUGUUUUUCGAGCAUGGCCUGCCGGUACUCGAGUCAUUUGUACAGGACGUAAUUGCGUGGCCGAGUCCGAGCGCAGGCGCGAUGCUCUCGCUGCCGCUCCUAGGACAGCUGCUCCAGGUCCUCUUGCCCCACGGCAACGAGGCACAAAACGGCGACUGGGCCAAGACGGCGACCAUGCCGCGCGCGAUCCUCGCGUCGGUGCCGCAGACGCCGCUGCUCGUCGUGUUCCGCUCGCUGCUCCCCAGCCUGUGGCUCCUGUGGGAGUGCAUGCUGCUCGCUGAGCCGAUCCUUGUCGUCGGCCGCGACCCGCGCACGACAAGCGAGGCGGUGUGGCACCUCGUCGACCUGAUCCGCCCGGUGCUGUGUGCGGGUGACUUUCGGCCCUACUUUCACAUCCACGACUACGACUUCAAGGCGCUCGCGUCGCGCAACAAGCCGCAGGCAGGCACAGUGCUGGGCGUGACGAAUCCCUUCUUCCUGCAGACCUGCCACCACUGGCCGCACACGCUGCAGCUCGGCAGCGAGGCGCGGGGCGACACCGUGCCGCCCGGCCAGGAAAAGCGCAUGCACGCCGUGCUGCCGGCCGUCGGCUUCACCUCGACGCGCAAGCGUCAUGUGAGCAAGGACCGCGUGCUGCUCAAAGAGAUGAUCGCCAUGGCCGAGCGGCCGUCGGAGCACGACCGCGCGAGCGCCGUGCUGCGGCGCUACUUUAGCGACAUGACCGAGCGCUUCCUCGCGCCGCUCAACCGCUACAUGGCGUCGCUCAUCCCCGCCGACUUUGACCUGUCGUCGCCCGCCGAGGCGCCGCGCGUGCGUCCGUUUAACCGUGCGGCGUUCCUCGCGUCGCUCAAGGCGCACAGCACGCCGCUGCGCAUGCGCCAGCGUUCGCUCUCGACCGCAAGCACGCUGCGGCACGAGCUCUACACGGACUUUUUGCAGUGUCCUAAUUUUUCUCUAUGGCUCCAGUCGCGCAUCGCCGCCGCCGAAGAGGAGCAGUGGCAGCGGCGCAUUGCGGCGCUGGCCGCGGGCGACGUGGAGACGUUUGGGCGCACACGCCCCGAAAUCGAGACGGUCGACCUCUACGUGCGCCUCGUCGAGGAGCUGCGCACCAUCGACCAGCAGCUGGCGCGGCCGGUCGUCAAUGGCCCCGGCCAGCGCUGGCGCACGGUCAAUGAGCAUGAGGCGCCGCCGAUCCACGGCGCGCCGCGUGCGCUCGAGGCGCAGCGUGCACGCCUCCAGACGCAGCUCGAAAAGCUGCGCGCGACGAUGCCCACCGACCUGCGUGCGGGCCUCGAAGCAAAGCGAGAUACCCAGUAG